GGUGGGGGGCAAAGGGCGGGGAGGAGGAGGAGGAGGAGGAAGAGGAGGGGCGCGGGCGCAGCGCAGCGAGGUCGGCGGCCGGCGCCGCCGCCCCCCGUCCCACCAUGAUCAAAGCCAUCCUUAUCUUCAACAACCACGGCAAGCCGCGGCUCUCCAAGUUCUACCAGCGCUACAGUGAAGAUACGCAGCAACAAAUUAUCAGAGAAACUUUCCAUUUAGUAUCAAAACGUGAUGAAAAUGUCUGUAAUUUCCUAGAAGGAGGAUUAUUAAUAGGUGGGUCUGAUAACAAGCUCAUUUACCGACACUAUGCCACCUUGUAUUUUGUCUUCUGUGUGGAUUCUUCAGAAAGUGAGCUUGGCAUUUUAGACCUCAUACAAGUAUUUGUGGAAACACUAGACAAAUGUUUUGAAAAUGUCUGUGAAUUGGAUUUAAUUUUCCAUGUAGACAAGGUCCAUAAUAUAUUGGCUGAAAUGGUCAUGGGUGGAAUGGUUUUGGAGACGAACAUGAAUGAAAUUGUCACUCAGAUUGAUGCUCAAAAUAAACUGGAGAAAUCUGAGACCUUUAUCUUUCAGUCUCCCAGACAGGACAGGUAGACAAAGGCUGGUUUAGCAGGAGCUCCAGCCCGGGCUGUUUCAGCUGUAAAGAAUAUGAAUCUGCCAGAGAUCCCAAGAAAUAUUAAUAUUGGUGACAUCAGUAUAAAAGUGCCAAACCUGCCCUCUUUUAAAUAACGUGGCUACUUCAGGUAAAACCAAGGAAGAAAUGUAAUAGAGAUUUACUGCAUAAUUGUUUACUAAAUAAACGACAUGUUGUACUUUUACUAUUUGGAUAAAACUCAAGGUACUGUAUAAACAUAACUUGAAAAAAUCAGUGCGUGGAGUUGAAUGUUGCUUUUGUCUUGUUUGUGAAAUUAAAGGAAAUGGGUAGUUCCCGUGUGAUUUCUAAAUUACAUUCCUAUGCCCUUGUAAGGCAUAUCACUGUGUCUCGGCUGCUGCAGUAUUUUGGGAAAGUAUUUAAGAUGUUCUUUACUUUGUAUAACCUAUAAUGCUGAGGUUUUUUGUAUAUUCACUAAGGUCUAUAAUUAGUGCAUUCCUUAACUACUUCUGCUGUUAGUUAUGAUUAUUUAAGUGCAAAUGUUGCAUGAAAACAUUAAACUCUUGUUUUGUUUAAAUAAAAUAAGAACAAAAUGGACUUCUGAAUACCUGUUUGUCAGAAAUCUACUCUUUGCAAUAAAUCAUGUAAUUUCCUAUUCAUUGAGCCAAUUGACUAUAUAUGAAUACUGUUGUAGCAAGCAUUAAUGUUGUAGUUUAAUCUCUGAAGGAAUUACACGGUGGUAUUGUAUUGAGCGUGUUGGCUCUUUACAUUUCUCGCAAAAGCUGUUCUUUAUUAUUCUGAAGGAAAAACUGCCUUUACUGAAGAUCUGAUGACUUCUGUUUACACAUAGGUGUUGAGAAGAUACUUACACAAUCUGAUAGACUUUCUCUGAGAGUCUGACAUUGCUUUGGAAAAAAGGGUCUCUGCAGUUGCCCUGUGUGUUGUGAAAAGUACAGAGUGGGCUGAGGAGACUGGGCAACUCAGAACUGUAAACAUGUAAUGUGAUAAGAAAGGACUUCUGGAAAGAUAAAUGAGGACACCUUAAUAGGGCUUCUGUGCCUGGUGACAUUUGUGAUUAUCUACUUUGAGAAUUAGAUUCAUGAGAUACUUAGUAUUGUUAAGACCUCAGAGAAUUUGUGCUAUCACCUCUGUGUAAGUUACUCAGCUCUUAAACUCUUCUGUGAUCUAAAAAAAAUAAAAGGGGAUAGUGACUGGUUUUUAUAAUCAUGCUCUUAAGCUCUGUGUGAUGUACAAGUCUGUUUAAAUAAAUAAUAAAAAUAUCAUUGAGAUAUUUAAGAA